AUGGGUAUGGCUGAGAAGAGGCAGGUGAUGGAGAUGAGAGGGAAGAAGCCUGGGCUGAUCAUCAAGACACUAGACCGGUGCCGGAGCGCGCCGGCGAGGCAGAAGCCAGCCGAAGGCUGCUUCUCGGUGUACGUCGGCGCCGGGAGGCAGAGGUUUGUGGUGCGCACCGAGUGCCUGAACCACCCACUGUUCCGGGCGCUGCUGGAAGAGGCCGAAGAGGCGUUCGGGUACGCAGACGCAGGGCCGCUUGAGCUGCCCUGCAACGCUGAGGCAUUUGCCGAGGUGCUGGAACAGAUCGAGGAGGAGAAGCAGAUGGCCGUGGGGAGGAGACGCAACCUUGCCAGGCGGAACUCCUACUGGCUGCUGGGCAGUGGUCAGCUGGCCAUUAUUGACCAGUCAUAG